AUGAUAGAGCAAAGAGAACAAGAAGAAAAUAAUAAUUUUGAUAAGGAUGUUGUUGUCGUUGUUGAAGGUGAUAAUAGUAAUAACGAAGAAGACAAUAAAGAUAUUGGAAUUGGAAGCGGUGGUCCACAUAUAGACGAGAAAGCGAAUGAAUCACACAUUUUUAAAGAGGGUCAUUGCGAAGUUUCACAUAAUAGAGGUAGCGUUGUUAAGCUCUACUAUCAGUUGCACGGAAGAGGUAAUACAAAGGUGCUGAUGAUCAUGGGUUUCCUGACAAGCUGCGAAGCCUGGAAACAUCAACUAGAGUAUUUCAAUCAGUUUCCAGAGCAGUAUCAAAUAUGUAUUUUCGAUAACCGUGGUAUCGGCAAGAGUGACACACCCAACUACAACUACAGCUCCAAUCACAUGGCAAGAGACGGACUUGAGCUCAUGGAUCAUCUCGGAUGGCAACAGGCACACAUUGUAGGUGUUUCGAUGGGUGGUAUGAUUGCCCUCGAGUUGGCUACGUCUGCACAUGCGCGUGUCUCCACACUCUCGCUGUGUGUCACUCACGCCGGUGGAUUCGGACGUAUACCGCCCAUCCUUGGAAUGCUCAAGAUGUUGCGUUCCUUUACUAUUAAAGAUCAUCGUGAGAGAGGAAGAGUUCUCAUGCCAAUUCUCUACUCUGAAAACUACUUGAAGAAGCUCGAUGAGAAUGGUCAGCCGAUCCUGGAGUCUCUGCUCGAUAGCUAUGUUGAGGAUGUCUCCAAGAUGACACUGCCCAAGCCAGCAGCGGUCGCCGGUCACAUCAAGACAGUGACAACUCACCAUAUUACCGAUAGCAGACUACGCGAGUUGAAAGAGAAAACGAAUAUACCGAUUCUGGUGAUGUGUGGUGAUAUCGAUCACCUCGUUCGAACCUCCAACUCGUUCCUACUUAGAGACAUUCUUUCACCGGCAGAGUUCAUCCAAUUCGAUUCCGGUCAUUGUAUAAACGUAGAACACAAACAAGAAUUUAACGAGGCAUUGGCGAGAAAUUUUAAAAGAUACACUCCACAAUAA